AACCGUAUAUAAAGUACGACUAAAGCCUCGCAGCCUCCGAAGAAAACUUGCAAACGUCAUGACGUCAAGCAAUACGCAUUUUGUCUUCAUAAAUUAUUCAAGCUAACGGAUCGACGACAGCAAUUUUUGGUACAAAAAUCGGCACGAGACCAACUUAGAAGUGAUGGAUUUGAGUUUCGCUGCUUGUCUUAAUGCGCAUCAAACUUUGACAGGAACGUACCGUAACAAGGAUGAGGACACAAAAACAUCCCCCAAGAAAUCCUCUGUAUUUGAAAGUAGUCACUCGACAAUUGUUAAAAGAGCGAUCAGUGACGGUCCCGUUUGUAACUAAUGUGGCGAUGGGAAUGGCAAGUGACCGUAACAAGACCAUACGAGUUGGAUUCUAUGAUAUCGAGAAGACCAUUGGCAAAGGAAACUUCUCAGUGGUUAAGCUCGCCAAACAUCGAAUUACAAAGAGCAAGGUUGCCAUCAAAAUUAUCGAUAAAACCCAGCUAGACGAAACGAAUCUGAAAAAAGUGUAUCGCGAAAUAAAUAUCAUGAAACUUCUACAACAUCCUUAUAUUGUUAAAUUAUAUCAGGUUAUGGAGACCAAGAAUAUGCUUUAUCUAGUCACAGAAUAUGCAAGCAAUGGCGAAAUGUUUGACUAUCUUGCACACCAUGGUAGACUAUCAGAAAAGGAGGCAAAAAAGAAAUUCGUUCAGAUACUGAGUGCUGUAGAAUAUUGUCAUAAAAGACAUGUAGUGCAUAGAGACUUAAAGGCUGAAAAUCUUCUCCUUGAUCAAAAUAUGAAUAUUAAGAUCGCAGAUUUUGGAUUUGGAAAUUAUUAUAAACCUGGUAAUUCCUUGAACACUUGGUGUGGAAGUCCGCCUUAUGCAGCACCUGAAGUUUUUGAAGGAAAGAUAUACGAUGGACCCCAACUUGAUAUUUGGAGUCUUGGCGUAGUGCUAUAUGUCCUCGUUUGUGGAGCUCUUCCCUUUGAUGGAUCGACGUUGCAAACUCUGAGAGAUCGAGUCCUAGAGGGGAAGUUUAGGAUUCCAUUUUUCAUGUCUACAGAGUGUGAACAUCUUAUUCGUCAUAUGUUGGUAAAAGAUCCUCACCAGAGAUAUACCUUAGAUCAAAUAAAAAAACAUAAGUGGCUGCAAAAUGUGGAAAUUCCUGCCUCGGGAAAACCAUCUCUGUCAAUCAAUACCUUUGUUGAGGAGAAUACCAAGGAUUCGGACAAGAAAUCAAGAGAAGAGUACAAUGAACAAGCUGUUAGUCUUAUGCAAGGUUUAGGGAUUGACAUCGAGAGAACUAAAAUGGCACUGGCUGACAACGCAUACGAUCAUCACACAGCAAUAUAUUAUUUACUAGUUGAUAGACUAAAACACCACAGAUCAAGUUAUCCACUCCAACAAGAAGUCGAAACAAAACUACGGCGUCCGAGUGGAAUCGCUGAAGCUGCGGUUGUGCGAGCCCAUUUAGACAUCGAAAAUACAGAAAAGAGACCUAUCCAGAGAGUUUGCACUGUUCAGCCUAGCAGGCCUUACAUGCAACUCCAAUAUGCUAUUAAUGAACUUCACGAGAGAAUUCCAACUCCGCCUGAAAUAAGGCGAGAAAUCGCAAAUGAAUGUGUGCGGGAAAUGUCUCCUGUUCGAGAAAUGGGACCACCACGGUCAGUCUCUCCUCGAAAUAUAAUUGGGCCACUGUCAAUAGAUAGCAGUAUCCCCAGAAAGGAUUUUGAAUUGCAAAGAAUGGAAAGUGAUGAGGAUGAAGAGGAUAUUGAAGUCAAAUCUGCAUUAGCUUCCAGGACAGUUGAAGUGGAGAAACCUAAAGUUCGUCGACACACGGUGCACGCGGCACCUAAGGGACGAUUGGAAGCUCCCGCGGGUCACCCGCUUUUGAGGAGUCAGGCUUCAACGGGUGGUAUUCCACCGGGUGCGUCUGCUUUCACUCUGAAUCCUGCCUUUGCCGUUUCUACUUGCUCAGUUCGUAGUACGGGGAUCCCAACGUCUAGUCAAUCGACUGGUUCAGGACCUCAUCUACAUCUACACAGACAUGACACUCCGACGCAUUAUCAUCAUCAGCAUCCAUCGCUUACGAGAAGAGCCUCAGAUGGCAAUGCAGUCAUUCCUGUUUUCCAACAACACAUGCGAGAGAAUAAAACACUCAAACGAAUUCGACAAUUACAACAAGAACAUUUGAGGCUACAAGAACAAUAUCAAAAAUCGUUAUCUCCCUUAGAACUAAGUGAACAACAAGCUUUACAUGCGGAUUACAAGCAACGAUAUAAUCAAAUGAGGAAAGAACUCCAGAGACAAUAUGAACAAUUAAUGUCCGAUAAUGAACAGCAUGAUGCACAAGAAUCGAUGGAACAAAGUCAAGCGGUACCCGAAAUUGCCAUAAAUGAUCAAAAUCCAGCCCCACCCUACCCCACAGACCAACAAUCGUUACCACAUUAUAAUCCACUCCUCCAUCAGUUUCAACAAUUACAAAUUGACAAUAACAUUCGAGUUAUCAACUCUUUACGAAAAAUGCCUUAUUUAAAACAGAAUCCCCACAAGCAAGUUUGUAGGACGUCAUCUUAUAAGAAGGCACAAAUGUGUACGCUGCUGCCGCCGUUCGAGCGUGAAAUUUCCGGUUUCAACGAACUCGAAAACAACGAAACUUCGACGACGGAAUGUGACAUGAACUCGAACACAACACAACAGUCUAACUCAGUCGCAGCUCAUUGAAAUGACAAGAAAUCAAAUCGACAUUCUUAAUAGAUCGAUCUUGAAAAAUAGGAAUAAUACAAGCUUGUAACGUGCUUCAGAUCUACAAAACAAAUUCACCAUGUAUUAUUCAAGAUACCAAAGAAAAUAAAAUAUAAUUAAGCUUAAA